AUGUACGAUGAGAUUGUAUACCACUAUCUCCCCGAGGGACUACAGCUCAACCAAUACGAUGAGAAGAACGAUGCUAUAAGAUGUCUUUACGAGCAUCAGAAACUGCAGAUCUAUCGAGAGUUGUGUCGAAUAUCUGGCAAGACACCACACAGCACAAUACAAGAAUGUGCGCACAAGCUGAAGGACAAAGCACCCUAUGUCAAUCUUUGGGAUUUUAUUGAUGCCUGUCGCACUGGCACGCAAUUGAGAACCUUUCACGAUUGGAAUGACUUUGUCAGCUACAUAAUGGAAGAACGCACAAUCCCUUCGAAAGACGCCCGGAAGAAUGAGUUUUUGGCGGUAUUUCUACAGAAUCUACGCCAGGGGCCCCGGCGCCGAAGACGAGAUCAAGUCGGAGCUCCAGUCAGCGCUUCAAUGGGACCUCCAGUCGGACUCCCAGCCAGACCUCCAGUCAGGGACCAGGACGGACCUUACCGAGGUGACCACUACGUACCUCAAGGCAAUGACCAAUGUAGACCUCCAGCUGGAGACCAAUACAGACCUCACGAAAGAAAUCAACACAGAGAUCAACACAGAGCAGAACCCAUUCCGACCAGCACACCAGCCCUGACCAGCUCAAAAUACAACUUACCUGAUAACAUGAGUCUGAUAUCAGAACGUUCUCGCUCUAGCUCCCCUUGUCACCAAAGCGCUAAAUCAUCCCGGUCCUCCACUCCAAUUCCAGCUGCCUCAACGCAGCCUUCAUCGGCCUCUGAUAUCAACUCAUCCGCAGCUUUCAUCAAGGAAGAAGCACCUCUGUCCCCGGAAGCCGACUGCGCCAUAUAUUUUGAUACGUUAGAGGACGAUGCCGACAUUGAAUACGAGCUCUCCCAAGUACCCUCUAUGCCGGCUACACAGAGAGGCCCAUUAGACAACGGAAAUGCUACCUUUCAGCCCUCCAAACAGCACACACAACCCCAGGUGAAAGUCAAGAAAGGUAUUGGGCGGGUCAGAUGA